AUGUCGAGCCUCAACAGCGACUCGUGGACCACCGGCCUCUGCGGCUGCUUCGACGACGCCGGCAGCUGCUGCCUGACCUUCUUCUGCCCGUGCGUGGCCUUCGGGAGGAUCGCCGAGAUCGCCGACCAGGGAGCCACAUCGUGCUGUGUGAGCGGGACGCUGUACCUGGCGCUGGCCACGCUGAUCGGGUUGAGCCCCCUCUACUCUUGCUGCUACCGCUCCAGACUGCGCGCCCAAUACGGCCUCAAGGAGAAGCCCUGCCCCGACUGCUGCGUCCACUGGUUCUGCGAGCCAUGCGCGCUCUGCCAGGAGUACCGCGAGCUCCAGCACCGCGGCUUCGACAUGUCCAUCGGGUGGCACGCCAACAUGGUGAGGAUGGGGAAGGGCGCUCCCACCGUCGCGCCUCACAUCAACCCGGGGAUGACUCGUUAA